GGAGGUGGAGGCGGAGGCGGCGGAGGAGGCGGCGGAGGAGGCGGCUCGGAGAGCGAGCAGCGAGCUGGAGCGCGAGCGUGAGUGAGCCCGGCCGCGCCGCCGCCCGCCGCCGCCGUCGCACCGCCCGGGCCGGGCCCGGCCGCGCCGCGCCAGCCCCGCCCUCGUCGCCAGGCCGCGAGGGCCGCGCGCGCCAGCCGCCGGGGCGCGAGCGAGGAGAGCGAGCGCGGGAGGAGCGGCGGAGCGAGCGGAGCCGCGCGUGUGGCGAGAGGGGAAGCCGCUGCCGCCCCCCGUCGCCUGCCCUUCGCGCCUCCCCGCCCCCCGCGCGGAGCAGCACCAUGUCGGCGCCGGCGGCCAAAGUCAGUAAAAAGGAGCUCAACUCCAACCACGACGGGGCCGACGAGACCUCAGAAAAAGAGCAGCAGGAAGCGAUUGAACAUAUUGAUGAAGUACAAAAUGAAAUAGACAGACUUAAUGAGCAAGCCAGUGAGGAGAUUUUGAAAGUAGAACAGAAAUAUAACAAACUCCGCCAACCAUUUUUUCAGAAGAGGUCGGAAUUGAUCGCCAAAAUCCCCAACUUUUGGGUAACAACAUUUGUCAACCAUCCACAAGUGUCCGCGCUGCUGGGGGAGGAGGAUGAAGAGGCGCUGCAUUAUUUGACAAGAGUUGAAGUGACAGAAUUUGAAGAUAUUAAAUCAGGUUACAGAAUAGAUUUUUAUUUUGAUGAAAACCCUUACUUUGAAAAUAAAGUUCUCUCCAAAGAAUUUCAUCUGAAUGAGAGUGGUGAUCCAUCUUCAAAGGCCACUGAAAUCAAAUGGAAAUCUGGAAAGGAUUUGACGAAACGCUCAAGUCAAACACAGAAUAAAGCCAGCAGGAAGAGACAGCAUGAGGAACCCGAGAGCUUCUUCACUUGGUUCACUGACCAUUCGGAUGCUGGUGCAGAUGAGCUCGGCGAGGUUAUCAAAGACGACAUCUGGCCAAACCCCUUGCAGUACUACUUGGUUCCUGACAUGGAUGAUGAAGAAGGGGAAGGAGAAGAAGAUGACGACGAUGAUGAAGAGGAAGAAGGAUUGGAAGAUAUUGAUGAAGAAGGGGAUGAAGAUGAAGGUGAAGAAGAUGAAGAUGAUGACGAGGGAGAGGAAGGAGAGGAGGAUGAAGGAGAAGAUGACUAAUGGAACACUGAUGGAUUCCAAUCUUUUUUAAUUUUCUCCAGUCCCUGGGAGCAAGUUGCAGUCUUUUUUCUUUUCUCUCUCCCCCCCCACCCCCACUCCCAGUGCUCAGUCGCCCUGUUUUUGAGGUCUCUUUUCUCUCCUUUACACCAUGGUUCUCAACUUAAUUCGGGGAAAUACCUUGAACAGAGUUCAGUGGGGAAAGACUGCUGGUUUCUGUUCCAAAUUAAUUUUUAUCACUUCUCGUCUCAACACAGACUUUAUGGAAUCCACACCACCGUGCGCUGUGGGAAAAAAGAAAGACCUUCUGCACCCUUAGCUCUGCUGGAAGCUGGAGGGGCCAGGCCCCUGUGUAGUAGUGCAUAGAAUUCUAGCUUUUUUCCUCCUUUCUCUGUAUAUUGGGCUCAGAGAUGACACUGUGUCUCUAUGUGAAUAUGGACAGUUAGCAUUUACCAACAUGUAUCUGUCUACUUUCUCUUGUUUAAAAAAAGAAAAAAAAUCUUUAAAAAAAAUGGGGUUAUAGAAGGUCAGCAAAAGGGUGGGUUUGAGAUGUGUGGGUGGGUUAAGUGGGCAUUUGACAACAUGGCUUCUCCUUUGGCAUGUUUAAUUGUGAUGUUUAACGGACAUCCUUGCAGUUUAAGGUGACACUUUUAAAAUAAAAUUCUCUCCUAAUGAUGACUUGAGCCCUGCCACUCGAUGGGAGAAUCAGCAGAACCUGUAGGAUCUUAUUUGGAAUUGACAUUCUCUAUUGUAAUUUUGUUCCUGUUUUAUUUUUAAAUUUCUUUUUGUUUCACUGGAAAGGAAAGAUACUCAGUUUUAAACGUUAAAAAGUGUACAAGUUGCUUUGUUACAAUAAAACUAAAUGUGUACACAAAGGA